CGUUUACCUGGUGUUUUGGGUUUCAGAUCCGAUUCCGGACGCGUGAAGCCACGAUUAGUGCAAACGCCUGCUUUCUCAUGUGACCGGAUAUUUUCAAUAUAAAAGUCGGAUGGGACACAGUAAUGCUAAAUGAAACAAAGUGAUUGUAGUGGAGUGAAGUGUGUGUCAAAUUUACAGUUUAAAAAAAAAUAAUUUUUUGAUUGUUUUAUUUAUUUUCGAGAUGCAUUUUUCGGGAAAUAAACAUUCAGCGGCGAAGACUUCAUUUAAAAGUCACUGGAUAGUCUGCGCUUUGCUCACACUGUCACAGUGCGAGAUGUGCUUGUGAACAGUGAACUAGAAGAGCAGGCGAUAAUAAAUAUCCCUCGACUGUGUCCUGAUCUUGUAAGGGGGGUUGAACUGCACUGCAGGGUGUGAGAAUGCUGCCUGCUUUCACGAGCCUCAGACACUUAGCCACAAACAGAAUGAGGAGAGCAGCAUCUGAGUUCAGAAUGACUGUCCCGUGGGGAGAGAUAAGAGGUCAGGUUUGGGGUCCUUCUAAUGGCCGUCCCGUGCUGUGCUUGCACGGUUGGGCUGAUAACUGUGGGACGUUCAACUCCCUGAUUCCAUUGCUUCCCAAAGACUGGAGAUUCGUAGCCAUUGACUUUCCAGGUCAUGGUCUCUCGUCUCACAGGCCUGAUGGAUGCUUUUACAGCUUCCCUUUGUACGCGGCAGACGUGCGGCGAGUUGUAGAAGCUCUUCAGUGGAAACGAUUCUCUAUCAUGGGACAUAGUAUGGGUGGCAAUGUGGCAGGAACAUUUAGUGCCUUGUACCCAGAGAUGAUUGAUGCCUUAGUUCUUCUAGAUACUUAUGGAUUCCUCCCAACACAAGUGACUGACAUUUUUAAGAACAUGAGGAAAGGGAUCAAUGAUCAAAUCCAGUAUGACAACAAGACGGAGGAGAGGAAAGAGAGGGUCUACACAUAUGAGAAAGCCAAAGAAAGGUUGAAAGCUGCAAACCCCUCCCUUUCCGAUCAGUCUGCAGAUAUUCUGUUAGAGCGAGCGCUCAGAGAAGUUGAGGGAGGAUUUGUAUUCACCAGAGAUUUCAGGAUCAACCUGAAAAACAUUGCGAAUUAUAAUAUGGAACAAUGCCUCCACAUGAUGUCACAAGUUAAAGCCCCAGUGAUGAUACUGCUGGCAAAAGACGGCCUGUUCAAAACCUUUGUUCUACCUGAUGGAUAUGUUGAUUUGAUUCUGAAGAGCUGGGCCAAUCAAAAAGCCACUAUUGUUAAUGUAGAAGGGGAUCAUCAUAUUCACCUCAACAGACCUGAGUCCAUGGCCUCCAUAAUCACUGAUUUUCUUCAGUCACACAGUCCUGUCAAACCACAGAGUGAAUCUAACAAUAACCAGUCUUCCAAAUUAUAGCACACACAUGCUGAUCCAAAUAACGAAGCAAGUCUGUACUGAUUCAGAAUGCUCACACCA